CAUGUGCAUGAACGCUCAUCAAGUAUUUACGGCAUACUAUCUCAGAGUCAGCGCUCUCACAGUACUACUUACUCGAAGCAGAAUAGGUUCAACAUUAAUAUAGCGAGCUCGAUGGCAAAUACAACUGCUGUCGCUGCAACUGCGCUUCGCCAAUUCGCUUUCUUCGAUGUUCACCCUGUAAAGGACGUCCAUGACCUUGCUAGCUCACCCGAGAUCUUCAAAAACGCCUCAGAAAUCUCAACUGUCGUCUCAUCUAGUGCUGGGUUGCUCGUUGCGGAUAUUCAUGGCAGCGUGCACAUUCUAAACAAGGACUUCAUAUCGACUACAAGCUGGAUCGCACAUGUCGGAGGACGAGUAACGCACAUGGCGGAGAGGAGUGACAUAUUGGUGACUAUUGGGGAGGAGGACGCAGUACGAGGUAGUUUGGUGAAGAUUUGGGAUCUUGGGAAGACGGACAAGAGAAACCAAGCACCGGUUUUGUUGAGAUCGGCCAAGGUCCAGCCUAGCAAUAAGCCCCAUCCAGUCUCUUGCUUUGCACUUUCUUCUGCGCUGUCUUUCCUUGCCAUCGGCUUGGCCGACGGGACGGUGCUACUCUAUAGACACUUGGACCAGUCACUAUCUCCCACCGCAUCCCUGACUUCCCUCCCUAAGACACGCACCAUCCAUGAAUCUUCCUCUGAACCCAUCACAGGCCUCGGCUUCCGGGAACCUCCCGCUAACACAGACGCCAAGGACAACAACGUGCAUCUUUUCAUUGUGACUACGAAUUCGGUGUACUUGUACCACGUGUCCGGCAAAGGGAGUGGAGGGUCUAGCGUGCUGCUGGACGACAUCGGAUGCGGCCUGGGAUGUGCGGUGAUGGAUUGGCGCGCUGAGAAGAUCGUGCUUGCGAGAGACGAGGCAGUAUAUGCGCAUGGUUUGCAGGGGAGGGAGCCGCCAUAUGCAUACGAAGGCUACAAGUCGUCCAUUCACACCCACCUUAACUAUGUAAUAGUUGUCUCACCACCCUCAACGGUUACAGCGCCAUCAGCUGCUACGCGUAAGCUUGCAGCGGCAGCGGGAGGGGGAGACGGCGAUGCAUCUAAGGUGACUGUGUUUGACAUGGAAAAUAAGGUAAUAGGAUACACCGGAAUGUUUGCGGAGGGUGUCAGAGAGGUGAUUUCGGAGUGGGGAAAUAUUUACAUCCUCACGAAUAAUGGCCAGCUUACCCGCCUCGCCGAGAAAUCCACUUCUGCCAAACUCUCCAUGCUGUACGCGAAGGCUCUAUACCCACUCGCGCUCAGUCUUGCGCAAACACAACACCUCGACGAAAACUACGUGGCUGACAUCCACCGUCAGCACGGCGACUAUCUCUACACAAAGGGAGAUUGGGACGGCGCGAUGGCGUGCUAUGUGAAGACGAUAGGGUGGGUGAAACCAAGCUACGUCGUUAGAAAGUUCCUGGACGCUCAGCGCAUACACAAUCUCGUUACCUACCUGCAAGAGCUACAUGCCCUUGGCCUCGCAAACGCUGAUCAUACUACUCUUCUACUUAACACUUACACCAAACUCAAAGACGUCACACGCCUUGACAGCUUCAUUAAAACAGAGUCUCGGCGCUCUGAUGCGGCGGAGUCGAAAGGCGACCUUCCAUUUGACCUGGACACUGCUAUACGGGUGUGCAGACAGGCAGGGUACUUCGAACAUGCUAGUUACCUUGCGAAGCGGUACGGGCGGCAUGAGGAGUAUUUGAGGGUUAUGAUCGAGGACGCCGGUAAGUAUGGUGAGGCAUUGACGUAUUUGAGACACUUGGGAGCAGACGCGGCAGAGAGUAACCUCGCGAGGUACGGACGUGCUAUGUUGGACAAUCUCCCAGAGGAGACGACGCAGCUUCUAAUUGAUCUCUGCACCGUUUCUGGGCCCCUCGCCGUGUCAGAAGUGGAAGACACUACUUCCCAGCAGUCGAGCACACCGGCAAACGCCCCAUCGUACCUUUCGUACCUUGCCCUCUCCCGCGUACCUGCGCCUGAAGACAAAGUGGAGGAAUCUAAAGCGGACGAAGAGGGAGAGCCUGCAGAGCCCCAAAUGACGCAGCCUAGUGCGCCUCCACCAUUGAAAGAGAAACGGCCCUCGCCUACGCUCUAUUUCGCGCAUUUCGUCGACCACCCAUCAUACUUUGUUCGUUUCCUGGAGAGCGUAGCUGCACGUCGGUGGGGACAGUCGCUCUCACCCCUUCCAUCAUCUCUUCCCAAUCCCAGUUCGGACGAAGACGAGGACUCGGAAAAGCGGGAUCAGGCAGCGGUUUGGAACACACUUCUUGAGCUCUAUCUUGAUGGAGGCUCCCAAGAACAACAGGACAAUGCACUCAAAGUUCUCACAAGCGACUCCUUGCCGUGCGAUAAGACACAUGCAUUGAUUCUUUGCAGCAGCUACAUCUACACCCGAGGUCUGGUUGUACUCUGGGAGAAGCUGGGCAUGUACGAGGACAUCUUACGGUUCUGGAUGGACAAGCACAACGCGUCGCCAUCCGAGGCCUCCGCGUCGACUGAAGUCGUGCAGGCCCUUGCACGAUAUGGCCCAUCGCACCCGCACCUCUAUGAGCUCGUGCUACGCUUCUUGACAAGCACGCCGGAGCUUCUUACGCGGCACCAGGCCGAUGUGGAGAACAUCCUGGAGCAUAUCGAGAAAGAGCGGAUAAUGCCUCCGCUUGGCGUGGUGCAGGUACUGAGUAGGAAUGGAGUAGCGAGUGUGGGACUUGUCAAGGACUGGCUCAUGGGACGCAUCAAAGAGGCAAGGGAAGAAGUGCAGACUGACCAGCAACUGAUUAACUCCUACCGGCUGGAGACGAACGCAAAGUUGAAACAAGUGGCGGAACUAGAGGACCCGAUGCACGCCAAAGUGUUUAGUGUGACGCGCUGUUCCCAAUGUAGUGGGCAGCUCGACUUGCCCAGUGUCCAUUUCAUGUGCAACCAUUCAUAUCAUCAGCGGUGCCUGCUGGACCAUGAGACAGAAUGCCCGCUUUGCGCACGACAACAUGGUGUCAUCCAGGAGAUUCGGAGGAACAAUGAGAGGAUGGCAGAUCAACACGAGCUAUUCCUCUCGGAUGUGCAAGAUAAUGGAUUUGAAGCAGUUGCGAGUGGAUUCGGUAAGGGGGUGUUGAAUAUGACACGCCUGGACGAUGUUACUGCGUAACGUGUAUCGCACUGCGCCAUACUUCUGUCACAUCUGCCUAGACUUACUCAACAGUCAGUCAUCCGAUUCAUGCCCUUCAUAACUAUAUCUGACCUCAGUUUGGUGGACGCAAAUGAGACUUAAUUUACACGCGAUGGACAAAAUAUCGAAUUGGUCCAGUAAUGAUGGAGGUUUUAUUUGGCCCUUUUUUCCUUGUGAGAACUAUCGCCUCAUGUCCAGC